AUGUCUGUCUUAUUGGCAGUCGUGCUCAGUUUACUUAUUAAAGAAUCUUUACUACUGAAGAUCAUUCGGGUGUCAGUGCCCACAUACAGGGUGAGAGGACAGCCAGCUCAGUUCGAAUGUGACUACGAACUGGGUGAAGAUAUAUUAUACUCGGUAAAAUGGUACAGAGACAACGAAGAGUUUUACCGCUACAUGCCGAAGUUCGACCCACCGAAACACGCGUACAAAUUAGAAGGGAUCAAAGUUGAUUUACAAAAGUCAGACGACCGAAGAGUGACUCUCCAUCAAGUUACACUUAAGUCAAGUGGACUGUACAGAUGCGAGGUCUCCGCUGAAGCUCCAAGCUUUGCGUCAGCAGCUGGCGAGGGUAGAAUGGAAGUUAUAUACUUACCUCGGGAAGGGCCAAGAAUAACAGGCAAUGAACAAGAAAAUAGAAAAGGGGAUUCCUUAUUCCUCAACUGUACGUCGGGUCGGUCAUACCCCGCGGCGGUUCUCAGUUGGGACAUUGAUGGAGAAAAGGUCACGGAUCCUCUUCUCCUGGUAGAUUAUCCACCUAUCCAACAUGCGCACGGUCUACUUUCAGCAGCCUUAGGCCUCCGGGUACCAUUUGGUAAAACGAUGCAGGUUCGCUGUACAGCUAGAGUAGCGCCAGCCUGGCGGGAAGGCAGCGAGGCUGUAGUGGGCAACAGCCAGCUAGCUGACAGCAAGGAAGCUAUGCUCUUAGUGAGAAGUUCAAGCGAGGCGUCUGCGCAAAGUGUAAUGCUGUUAACACUUUCCCUCGCCCUCUUCUUCAGAUCCCUAAUGCAAUCAGAAACGUGA